AUGUCGCGUCUAAAAAUCUGCAUCAUCGGUGCCGGACCUUCAGGCAUGUCGACACUGUAUCACUUUGCUAGAAUGGAGCAAAUGCCAGAAGUUGUUUGUUACGAGAAACAGAGCACCUGGGGAGGCCAAUGGAAUGUCUCGUGGAAAACUGGAUUAGAUGAAAACGGGGAGCCAGUUCACUCCAGCAUGUACAAGCAUAUGUGGUGUAAUGGACCAAAAGAGACAUACGAGUAUCCAGACUACACUUUUGAGAAACACUUCGGUCAGGCCACUCCGUCUUUCCCUUCACGCAUUGUAAUGAGAGAUUAUCUCGAAGGCCGUUAUACGAGAGGAGCACCUCGUGGUCGAAACUUUAAAGACUAUAUACAUUUCAAUACAGCCGUCCGAUAUGUGAAGUACCUGCACGAAAAUGAUGAAUUUACAGUUACAGUUAAUGAUUAUAACACCGGACAGACACGAGAAGAAACGUUUUCACACGUUAUUGUAGCAAAUGGUAUUUUCAACACACCAAAUCUCCCAGAGUUCCCUGGUAUGAACGAGUUCAAAGGUCGCAUUCUGCAUUCGCACGACUUUCGCGACGCUAGGGACUUUACUGGACAAAGGGUAUUGAUUAUUGGCGCUGGUUAUUCCGGCGAAGAUCUUGUAUUGCAGCUUCUUAAAUUUGGCGCGAAAAACGUGAUUCUCGCCUACAGGUCGAGACCUAAAGGAGUUACAUGCAUAAUGCCUAACGGUAUAGAAGAGAGACCAAUGGUUGAGCGCUUUGAUUUUGAUAAAGCCUACUUCGAAGAUAAGUCAUCUGCAGAAAUUGACGCAGUAAUUUUAGCUACAGGCUACAGGAAUUAUUUCCCCUUUCUUGAAGACAGAUUUAGGAUACCGGAAGAAUCACAUGUCUAUCCAGAGGGUUUGUACAAGGCUUCCUUGUUUUACCAAGCAGGAAACAACCGACUUUUCUAUGUAGGUGUUCAAAUACAGUUCAACACGUUCAAUUACUUUGAAGUGAUUGCAAACUGGACUUGCAAGUUUAUCGUUGGCGAGCUAGAUGAUGAACCGAAAGAACAAAAGCAGAUGGAGGCGGAUUCGAAUGAAUGGCAUAAACGUGCCAGCGCAUGCGCUUCGGAAACGGAUGUAGUUCUGUUUCAGACAGAUUUGAUUGACCAUCUAGCAGUACUUGGUGGAUAUAACAGAACGGUCGCAAAGAACAAGGAAGGAAUGAUGGAAUGGAUCAGGAUUCAUACAACGGAUAUUCUUUUCAGAUAUAUUCCAUAUUUAGCCCUGGUAUAG